GCCUACAUUUUCUUAUUUAUGUAUUUUUUGUUUCUUGAAGAUUUUAGCCUUUUAUGUUUGAAUGGUAGUUGGAAAUUGGAAUUUAUCAGGAAAGGUAGACUAGGUGGUUAUGGAAAGACGUCUUAUUUUAACGUUCAGUAGAAUUUUGUUUAUCUCUUGCAUGUUUUGAGGAACACACAUAUAGCAUUUUUAAUUGAAGCAUAGAGAGUGACCUGUAUGUAGGGGGAGGGCAGCUGGGAUUCUCAAUCCCUGUGAAAAUAUUAGGAUUGGUAUUUUAAUUUGGAUUAACUUGUAUAUGCGGGUAUAUAUGUAUAGAGUCUCACUGUAUAUAAAAAUGACUUACAUAAAAUGUGUACGUUAAGGUAGCACCGUCACAAAUCUAUACGCAUCAACAUGUGAAGAGGUUAAAAUAGGUGGUAACUCGUGAUAUGUAAGGCAUGCCACAAUGGCGUACCAAAGGUGUAUAAACUUUGCCUACCCAAGUCAGUCAUCAAUCAAAUUGAAAGUAUUUCCAGUUUGUGGAUUUUUUUAACCUUCAAUAUUGUUUAAGUUAGUUACUUCCCAUGAUAGUACUGAGAUUGAUUUUCAUAAAUUCCUCCUCAUCUAUUAAAAUCAGAAAUGCCGGGGAAUAAAGUGGAAGAUAGCAGCAAUCAAGCUCCAGAGGACAUAGAAAGCGCCAACGAAGUGGCUUCGAAGAAAGGGAAAGAUAGCAACAAUCAAGCUCCAGAUGACAAAAAAAGCGACGACAUAGUGACUUUGAUGAGAAAGAAAUUGGAUGGCUUGUCACCCCUAUCCCCUCACUGUUGUAUCUACAGAGUUCCUGAGCGACUACGGUGGGUGAAGAGGCCGCUCUACACACCCCAUGUAGUCUCAAUAGGCCCACUCCACCAUUACAGAGAUAAAAUAGAUAACAAAGAUCGCAAAGUCUUGUUAUACAUGGAAGAACACAAACAGAGGUACCUACAACAUUUUCUACGUCGGACUGGGGUAGACUUGGAGGUUUAUGUGAAGAAAAUAAUGGCCCAAGAAGAAAGACUGCGUGGUAGUUAUGAAGGAAGAGCCACUGAGUUUGAGGAUGAUAAAUUUGUAAGUAUCAUUUUGGUUGAUGCCGCCUUCAUCAUUGAGCUUUUAUUGAGGAACUUUAAGCGUUUGGAGGAUGAUAAUGACUGGAUAUUCAAAAAACCAUGGAUGUUGCAAAAUAUAGCGCCUGACAUGAUUUUACUUGAAAAUCAGCUGCCAUUUUUCAUUCUUGAAGUUCUUUUCGCAUUUGUCCCUCCUCAAGAUCUUGUCGCAAAUGAUGGGAGGCCGCGUUCAAUAAUAGAGCUCUCUUGCGAGUUCUUCCAGAAGACGGUGGUGCGUUUAAAGGAGAAUGAAGACACUUUGGCGAAUAAAAUAUCUUCUAGUUCGGAAGUAAAACACUUUGUUGAUUUGAUAAGAACUUUACAUCUACCACCUUUGGAGAGCUCAAAAACUGGAGGGCCCACAUCUUGUUGUAGUCCUAAGGUUAAACACUUAUGCGAUCGUAUAAGAAGAUUUCUACCAACUAAGAAGUCACGAACGGAGAGGCCUCUAAAUACACCAUGCGCUAAGAAACCUCACCAGGCUGGAGUCAAGUUUCAGGUCAGUGAGAGCUCACAAACUGGAGGGCCCACAUCUUGUUGUAGUCCUAAGGUUAAACACUUAUGCGAUCGUAUAAGAAGAUUUCUACCAACUAAGAAGUCACGAACGGAGAGGCCUCUAAAUACACCAUGCGCUAAGAAACUACACCAGGCUGGAGUCAAGUUUCAGGUCAGUGAGAGCAAAAAUUUGUUUGAUAUAUCAUUCAAUAUUAAUAAGGGUAUUCUGGAAAUUCCACAACUAGAAAUACACGAUUACACGGAGCUUACACUCAGAAAUCUCCUUGCAUUUGAACAAUGCCAUUGCAUGGAGAAUCACAUUAGUGAUUAUCUUCGCAUCAUGGAUGGUUUUGUAAACACCCCAAUGGAUGUACAUCUCCUUGUUGAGUCUGGAAUUUUUGUGAAUACGCUCGGCGACAACAAUAAGGUUUCUGAUCUGAUUAACAAACUUUGCACUGGGGUUUCUUGGAACAACGAAAGCUACUACUUUGCUGCUCGUUCUGAGGACCUAAACAACUACUGCCGACAGGUAUGGAACCAAUCGAAAGCAAGCUUGAAACGAAAGUAUUUCAACACACCCUUGGCAGUGAUUUCUGUCAUUGCAGCUGGUUUUCUCAUCUUAUUCACAAUCAUACAAACAGUGUGUUCUCUUAUCUCUGUCAUUAACUAAGUAUCAAUCCUUAAUUCGCCAAUUUCUCCCUAUCCUUUACGUAGUAUUUGCUUGUUGUAUUUGUUUGUCUAGUUUGUCCGUAGUGAGAUUCAUCUGUGUUGUAGGCAUUUGUAAACCCUGUUGCUAAUAAGAGCUGUACGGUUUGUGCUUA